CUCGAACCACAUUAAUAUAUGUAGUCAAGAGACAUAUUGAGGUGGAAAUAUGUUUUAAUUGACCAAGAUUAAGCAAUAAAUGUUCUUACAGGAAGACAUUUUUGGCUGCCCCCACAAGGAUAUAUAAUACUCUUUUGGUAUUGCAGUUCGGAUUUUCAUGUAACAUAAGAAUUCAAACCAUGGCCUUUUGUAAUAUUUACCUUAGAAUCGGUCUACUAUUCAGGACAGAAAGUGGUCAUUUGGCAUUAGAUAAUGGAACCUCUACAUCUUUGUCCAAAAAUGUUAAGAUUACCAAACCAAAUGGCGUCCGAAUAUUUAAAUUUCAAUUGAGCCGAAAGUAUGUAUAGCAAAUACAAAAGGAAUGCCUGAUUAUAAACGACAAGAAGGUGUCUCAUUAUCUUGUUUUCUUUCUUGACUAACACUUAGCAUUAUGUAUGUAUUUAGAUUCGUUGCUUGUUCAACGCUAUUAAUCUUAUAAGUAAAUAACAAAAUCAUCAUAGAUUCUUUAUUCCCCUUCGAAGAAAUUACGUGUUUGCUCGUUCAAACGUUUGUUUAAAUUGGGAAAGGAUUGUUUGUUUCCUGCUUUGACAUUCACGUCAAGCUAAAAUAACAUUAUUCAGAGAAUUUCUUUUUGGUGUGGCCAUUUCGACCAAUUCAGCGAUGUUUAAGUGCUGGUUACUAGUAUAUAAAAGGAUGUAUCUGUUCUAUUGAAAAUAUUCAAGUGUGUCAAGAAAAGAAGAAAUUGAACUAAGUGAAGAAUGGCAACUUCUAAGCGUACAAUUAUCAACUCAAUUGCUGUACUGAGGAUACUUACUCUCGCAUCGUGCACAGCUGCCCUUGCGCUUAUUGUUACAAACAACUUCAAAUUAGAUGGCGACAAAACCAAAUUCAGUGACAUCAAAGGCUUCAGGUAUGUCUUAGCAGCCGCUGCAGGAGGAGUUCUCUAUUCAUUGAUUCAGCUGCCUUUCGCACUGUAUCAUGCCGUCAAAGAGAAGAGGUUGAUUAAGGGCGACUUUCUGCCGAUGUUUGAGUUUUACGGAGAUAAGGUUAUAGCGUUCUUCUUGGCAAGUGGAGUUGGGGUAGGAUUUGGUGUCAGUAUUGAACUGAAAAUUUUCAUAGACCAAUUAGUUGACAGCUUUGAACUUUUAGGGGUAGAUGGACUUGAGGAAUUUCAGGACAAGAGCCAAAAGUUUCUGGACAGAGGAAUUAUUGCCAGUGGAAUACUCCUUAUUGGUUUUACUACCAUGGCUAUACUCACCAUUUUUACUUCUGCCAAUCGCAAUGGAAGAGGCUUCUAGCUCUGACUAGAUGGAAAAUAAAAAAUAAAAAUUCAAUUGCCAUCUUUUUCUGUAGUCAUUUCAUUUUGAGGUGUUAUACUCUCUACUUUGAUUCUGUAAGAACUACGAGAUGAUGAAAAUCUACUAUUUAUUUU